AUGGCCUGGGGGUGCAAGCAGGCGCUUCGACGGGACGCUGAGUUCCGCAAGGUGAUGCGCCGGGAGGGCGGUACCGACAUCCUUUACGAUCUGCCACGGCACUCGGACGUCGUGCCGUUGUACCAUUACCCGGAGUACAACGAAAACCUGUAUAUGUUUGCCGGGGAAUACGAUUGCCUAGGUGGCCACCUACAUGUAGGCAAAUACAAGGCCGACGACUGCCACAUAUCGAGUCCACCGUGGACAGAUUGGGAGGACCACCGCAGUACGACUGCGAACGAGAGUGCUGCGAGCCUGCAAGCACGCGAAGACGAGCUGCUUCGUCGUGAAGAGCGACUGGAGGCUAGCGAGGCCAUCUUUGAGAUCUUGGGGGAUGCGGAUGCCCCCGCAACAGCCUGGUGGUCCUUGGGGGAGCUCCCUCAGCAUCCUCGGUGGAAGAAGUUGAUCUGCGCAGACAACCCAUUGGUCCGGUACCGGUCCAAGAUCAUUGACGAGGUCAUGAAGCACCGUGGUGAAGACCUCAUGAGCCCCAAGUCUAAGGCCCGCUUCAAUUUCGUGGUUUGCGAUGAGGCCCACCUCGUCAAGAACCGCGCCUCGACAUUGCACAAGGCGGUGAAGUGCCUCCCCCGCGACAUUCGGUGUCCUCCGGGGGAUGCCCCCGCAACAGCCUGCAUGGGUGGUCUGGGGAAUGCUUAUAAAUCGAGCCUUCACCUGGUUGCUAAGUCAGAUUGGUACAUGGGCUGCAAGCUGCUCUUGGAGAAGAGCGUGGACUACACAAUACGCAACAAGUAG